AUGAUCCUAAUGACAUCGGUCACGAGGUUGCAACACGUCGCUUUAGUGUUGGACAAAAAGCGGGUGCGCUGCGUGCCGACUGCAUUCCGCGGUGAUAGAUUGCCGCCCAGACGAUCGUGGCAUCACAGGCGGACCUAUUUCAUCUCACACGCCCUCGCCGUGCACCGGCCAAAGGUGCAGUGCGCAAAACCAAAGCUCAAAAGAUCCGACGAA